AUUCAGAAAAUGUUGCUUAUUUCGUUCUCAGUCUCUCGUGAUAAGACGGCAGGAGACGUGGUCACGGGCCAAAAUUCAGCAUGGCAGCUACACGGAGGUUGACUAAGGAACUGAACGAUAUUAGGCAAUCGGGAAUAAAAUUGUUUCGUGAUAUUAGAGUGGACGAAUCGAACAUACUCUGUUGGCAAGGACUUAUCGUACCUGAAUCUGCCCCUUACAACAAGGGUGCAUUUAGAAUUGAAAUUGUAUUUCCAGCUGAAUAUCCAUUCAAACCACCGAAGGUCACAUUUAAAACAAAAAUAUAUCAUCCUAACAUUGACGAGAAGGGGCAAGUGUGUUUGCCAAUUAUUGGGGCUGAGAAUUGGAAACCUGCUACAAAGACAGAUCAAGUUAUACAAGCAUUGGUAGCGCUAGUACAAGAUCCUGAACCAGAACAUCCUUUGCGCGCGGAUCUUGCUGAGGAAUAUACAAAGGAAAGGAAGAAAUUUAUGAAGAAUGCAGAAGAGCAUACAAAGAAAUAUGCGGAGAAGAGACCUCCUGAAUGAUGGAAAGCAUUUUAUACAUCAACCUCUUAAUGUAGAUCGUAACGUUUUUUCGUGAACUGAUUGCUAACUAUAAGAAUUAAUGAAGAUCAGAAAUACGCUUGGUACGUUACUGAAGUAUCUAUCUAAAAACCCUUUAUGUAGUUAGUUAUGUCUGUGUCUUGGUUGUUCAAUUCUUAAUAAAUUUUGUCUGUAAUUUAA